UCAACUCAACUACAUGCAUAUAAGUCCUCCUCCAUCACCCACCUCCACACACCCACACUCACUCUCCUCCGCUCACUCUUUCUCACUCUCUCUCUGUGGCAAGCCGCCAACCAUAUUCAACUCGAAAAAGGUACAAGAAUGUAUAACCAGCAAGAGGGUCAUGAGCUUAUAUCCAUGACCUACACCUGGACAAUCGACAACUUCUCUAAGAUCAAAACCCGGAGACAUUACUCUGAUGGAUUUGUUGUCGGGGAUUUCAAAUGGCGGAUCGUGGUGUAUCCAAAAGGGAGCAAUGGGAGGCAAUACUUGUCCAUGUACUUGAACGUUGCGGAUGCUUCAAAGUUACCAUCUGGGUGGAGUCGAUAUGCCGAGUUCACCUUGACUGUCGUUAAUCAAUUUAACAGCGACAAAUCGAUAACAAUCGACACUCAGCAUGAGUUCAGUGAAAAAAAAAGUGACUGGGGCUUCACAUCAUUCAUGCCUCUGAGUGAGCUUUUUGACCCGAAUGAAGGGUAUCUCGUGGAUGACACAUGUAUUGUUGAAGCUGAGGUUGCAGUCAGUAAAGCUGACAUUAAGGUUUUAAAAGACCAAGAAGCUGCCUUUGUUGAGCAGGAACUUCAAAGUCAGUCUUCAGAUGUGGAUUCUGUGAAAUAUUCAGAUGCUUCAACCACACAUACAUCACUUAGUAAUGAACAGACGCUUGCUUUUCAGGAUGCAAUAAAUUCUGACCCUGUUCGACCAACUGUUGAUUCUGUGAAAGUUCGAAACUUGAAAAUAGAACCAAGAUCUGAUCAAGUGCUUCCUUACCAGGAGACUGAUAGCCCAGUUAGCCCUCCCAUAGUUGAGGACAACGAUGAAGCUCCCUCCAGCCCACUGACCCCAGUUGGCGAGCUCGCAGAUUUCAGGGGAUUAGGUAAAGUAGAUAAGGCUUUUGUUCCGCUGCUGGAAGAAGUCUGUUCAUGGCAUCCUUCGUUGAUUAGCUGCCAGAGGAAAAGAAGUCUCAUGUUUAGUGGAUGGGCAUUCACAGCUUUGGGUCGACUAUUGCAUUUUCUGAACACUACAAAGGUUAAGGAUAUGAUGGAGGAUCCACGUGAGCAUGAUCCAUGUGAGCACCUUCAAGUUUUGUGGGAGGAGGUUGAAACCUUCAGAUUCGACUUGAGUUGGCUGGAGCCUUAUGUUCAAUCAGCUUUGGGAAUAAAGAAGUUUGGGGAGAGGGAAGGAGUAUUGAAGAAACUCAGAGAGGAUGAUGAUGCUUUGGAGGCUGAAAUGAAGAGGUUAAGGGAGAGGCUAUCUGUUGCUGAGGUAGAUCACGCAGUUGCAAAAAGAAACCUGGCAAAGGCAGAGGAAAGCUUUGGUGAGGCAAAUUUGAACAGCAAGCUCGGUUAUGGGAGGCAUUAGCCUUGCUGUUGAUAUGCAGAAAUUUGCAAUGUGCAAUAUAUCUAUUAUCUAAAAAUAUGUAAUCCAGUUUUCCAAACUUAUAUCUAUGUAUGGGGCUGCCUGUACGUGGCAUAAGCUCAAUACACGAGAAUUAAGGAAACUGGUUUAGUGUGUAAUCCAUAUUUGAACACCAUUUCCAUUCUGGACCAAUACCUUCUGAGCAGUGACAGGUAUGAGUAGUUUUUACCCUUUAGUUUGUGAUGUAUGGGAAUUGGAUUACUAAUUGUUAGUUUGUUA